CCGCUCCUCCCUCCCGCUCUGUUUUGAAAUGGGAUCUGGCCGCUGCCUUUGAUCGGGACAUAAUCGUCUCCUCCCGUGCUUGGAUCCGCACCGGCGGGAGCAAUAGGAGAGGCGCGUCGCUCCUCGCCCGGGCGCGGAUGAGCCUGGCUGGCAUUUUGCGUUUCAAUCGCGCCGCGUGAGACAACCGGCAGAGCCCCAGGAGGGUUUUUUUGGGGGGGGGGGACUAAAGCCGAAAGGGAAGAACGGACCGGGGCUGAAGGACUCGAGCAAGCCAAGAGAGCCGUGGCGGGGAGGGAGCAAGCAAGGGGGCGAAAGUAGCAGGAGAGGAGAGGAGAGAUGCGAUCCCGGGGCGUCCUCCAGGGCUCGGCGACGGCUGCAGCCACGGCAGCGGCGCGAAAGGCGAAGCGCUGCUGAAAGGCAGGGCGGAGGGCCAUGGAGUCGUUCCCAGAUCAGCGUUUGAGGAAGAACCAGAAAAUACUCCCUCAAAUUUGCUUGAAGAGCAUGCAAAAUAAGAACAAUAUGGCACACCGAAAUAUUGUCAUGGGAUUAUUCAUAAUGACUCUCUUAUCCUUGCUGGAUGACAGUUCAGCCUUCCUGUUGAAUCAGCGUCUGAAGGGAAGAUUUCAAAGGGAUCGGCGGAAUAUCCGCCCAAACAUCAUUCUUGUUCUUACUGAUGACCAGGAUGUAGAACUUGGUUCAAUGCAAGUGAUGAAUAAAACAAGGCGGAUUAUGGAACAGGGAGGUGCACACUUCAUCAAUGCAUUUGUGACGACACCCAUGUGCUGUCCAUCCCGCUCUUCUAUUCUUACAGGGAAAUAUGUCCAUAAUCACAACACCUACACCAACAAUGAAAACUGCUCAUCGCCAUCCUGGCAAGCCCAGCAUGAAAUUCGCACAUUUGCAGUAUACCUCAAUAACACAGGGUAUAGGACAGCUUUCUUUGGGAAGUAUCUAAAUGAAUAUAAUGGUUCCUAUGUGCCUCCUGGCUGGAAAGAAUGGGUUGGAUUACUUAAGAACUCUCGUUUUUACAACUACACGCUCUGUAGAAAUGGAGUAAAGGAAAAGCACGGAUCUGACUACACUAGGGACUAUCUGACUGACUUGAUCACCAAUGACAGUAUUAGCUUUUUCCGAAUAUCAAAGAAGAUGUAUCCCCAUCGGCCAGUUUUGAUGGUUCUUAGUCACGCAGCUCCACAUGGUCCAGAAGAUUCAGCCCCUCACUAUUCUCAUCUCUUCCCCAAUGCUUCCCAACACAUCACACCCAGUUAUAAUUAUGCUCCAAACCCAGACAAACACUGGAUAAUGAGAUAUACAGGCCCCAUGAAGCCUAUUCACAUGGAAUUCACCAAUAUGCUACAGCAGAAGCGACUUCAGACACUCAUGUCUGUGGAUGAUUCUAUGGAGGCGAUUUAUAAUACAUUAGUUGAAACAGGUGAACUGGAAAAUACCUAUGUAAUAUACACAGCAGAUCAUGGCUAUCAUAUUGGGCAAUUUGGCCUGGUGAAAGGAAAAUCCAUGCCAUAUGAAUUUGACAUCAGAGUUCCUUUCUAUAUACGUGGUCCAAAUGUGGAGGCUGGAUCCUUGAAUCCUCACAUUGUAUUGAACAUCGAUCUUGCUCCUACAAUUCUAGAUAUUGCUGGCCUGGACAUUCCACCUGACAUGGAUGGGAAAUCCAUACUAAAACUGCUGGAUUCUGAAAGAUUGGUCAAUAGUUUUUCCAGAUUCCAUUUGAAAAAGAAAAUGAAGGUUUGGAGAGAUUCGUUUUUGGUGGAGCGAGGUAAGCUGUUGCACAAAAGAGACAAUGAAAAAAUGGAUGCUCAAGAAGAAAAUUUUUUGCCCAAAUACCAACGAGUGAAAGAUCUCUGCCAGCGAGCUGAAUAUCAAACUGCUUGUGAACAACUUGGACAGAAAUGGCAGUGUGUGGAAGAUGCCAACGGGAAGUUGAAGUUGCAUAAAUGCAAAGGCCUAGCUAGCCUUAUGGCUCCAGACAGUAAUAAAGGAAUCUCCAAUCUCCUGCCCAAGUAUUACAGCAAGAAUAACGAGGACUGCAGCUGUGAUGAGAAUGAAUACAAGCUGAGUCCCAUUGGACGACGAAAGAAAUUAUUCUCUAAGAAAAAAUACAAAACAAGCUACAUUCGAAGUCGUUCAAUUCGCUCAGUGUCUGUUGAGCUUGAUGGGAAGGUGUAUAAUUUGGAUUUGGAGGAUGGCUAUCAACCUGUUUUACCAUGGAAUGUCACAAAAAAGCCCAAAAACAGUCAAGAAUCAGGAGGAGGAGGAGAAGUUGAUGAUGCUAAGGAUAUGGAGGAAUACAGUGGCACUGGCAGUAUUUUAGAGAACACAGCACCAAACUUAAUAAAAGUGACACACCGAUGCUACAUUUUAGAGAAUGACACUGUUCAAUGUGACACAGAUUUAUAUAAAUCAUUGCAAGCCUGGAAGGACCAUAAGCUUCAUAUAGACCACGAGAUUGAAACUCUACAAAACAAAAUUAAAAACCUGCGAGAGGUAAGAGGUCAUCUAAAGAAGAAGCGACCGGAGGAAUGUGAUUGUAACAAGAUAAGCUUCCAAUCAAAACACAAAGGCAAACUGAGGCACAAGGGAUCUGAUCUCCAUCCUUUCAAGAAAACCUUUCAGGAGAAGGAUAAGCUAUGGCUCCUCCGAGAACAGAGGCGAAAGAAGAAACUCAGGAAGCUGCUCAAAAGAAUAAAAAAUAAUGACACAUGUAGCAUGCCAGGCCUGACAUGCUUCACACAUGACAACCAGCAUUGGCAGACUGCCCCCUUGUGGACAUUGGGUCCUUUCUGUGCCUGUACCAGUGCAAACAACAACACAUACUGGUGUAUGAGGACGAUCAAUGAGACACACAACUUUCUGUUCUGUGAAUUUGCUACUGGCUUCCUUGAGUACUUUGAUCUGAACACCGACCCUUACCAGCUAAUUAAUGCAGUAAACACACUGCAUAGAGAUGUUCUCAACCAACUUCAUGUGCAGCUCAUGGAAUUGAGAAGUUGCAAAGGCCAUAAACAGUGCAACCCAAGGACCCGAAAUAUGGAACUUGGUCUUAAAGAUGGAAGCUAUGAACAAUACAGGCAGUUUCAACGUCGAAAAUGGCCAGAAAUGAAAAGAUCUUCAUCUUCCAAGUCACUAGGGCAACUUUGGGAAGGCUGGGAGGGGUAAUUUCCUACAACUGCUAGACCUCAGUGAGGACAUAAACUGGCCGGAACUUGAAUUCUUGUACAGACUUAAUAAAGUAUGUAUGAUUUCAGACUGAAUCAUAAUCUUAGCAUGGAAGACUGGAUGAACUUUGAUGCUAAGGUAAAUAGGAUAUUUGCAUUUUUAUGCAGUCCAAAAUGAUGCAGUUAUCUUCUGGAGACUACUGUUGUCAAGAACCUGUAUCCUACUAGUUUAACUCGCAUUUGCUUUGGAUUAUACCUCACUUGCUUCACAAGCUAUUUUAUUUCAGUCAAUCACCCGAGAUACUAUUCCAAAAGAGGACAGCAGCGAAAAAUUGCAACCUUUAGAAUCCUGAAAGGCAAAAGCACAGAAGAUCAGAUUUCAACAGAAGACAAUUUUAUAUUUUCUUUAAAUGAAAGCAUUGGAAAGACAAAUGAAGAUAAUAACACUUUUUUUUUCCUUUCUGGCUUGGACAAAUUAAACUUUGAAGCACUGAUAAAAAAAAAAUCUGUUAAGGGAUUCUAGGCUCUGCAAAGGAUAUUACUGAAAAAAAGCACCAAUUCACCACUGUAAUAUUGUCACUUGUUUGUGUACUACAAAAUGCAAUUUAGUUCACAGUUUUCACAUCUUCCUUGAGUUGAGAGAAGAAACAGAAAAUAAACCCUCACUCGGAGAAACCACCUUUCCAGCAUUGUAUUGUAAAUACUCAGUGUUCCAUUUCAAAAAAAAUCCAAUCCAGAAGAUUUUUGUUACUGAAAUAUUGGCAUGCUCCAAUAUCAUUUCUGAAAAUGUCACUUCACUGCAUAAUUAAACUUUAGAAUUGAUCAUUUUUUUAAAAAAAAAUACCACUGCAAAAUUAAAAGCAGUUGAUGUAUGUCUUGAAUUUUAACAAAGUUGGAUUUGUAUUAAGUCUUUGUGGUUAUACUGUAUGUUUAAAAAAAACCAAAAUUAUUACUAUAAAAAAGCACUUGUUUACUUUUAUAUUUGGAGCUUUUUUAAAAAGAUAAUUAUGUGAUCACUAUACAAGCAACUUAAUUCUAGUUUGUUGCCAAAAUAUGAAUUUAUAUAACCUGUAUAUUAGAAGAAAUACAUUUCUGAAAGUUUACAAACACAACUUGUUGGAUGGGAGAGAAUGGGAAAGAACCUUUCCCAGUAAGACCUGACUUCUAAAAAAUUGAACUGUUUCCAGAUUCAGUCUCAAAGAAAUUUCUCUUAUUCCAUUACUUGAACAUAUCAGUUGUUUUUCUAUUACACAUUUCAUCUUCCACCAUUGAGAACUUGUUUUGUAUUUUAUUUAUAUAAUCAUAGUGCUUGCCUACCAACCAUUCAUUGGAGUUACAGUGGUACUGAAAAAAAUUGCGGCCUAUUUAUGACUAGUACAACCUUCUGAGGGAACGUCCCUCAAUCACAUGGUCACCAUUACAGUCAGUAUAUAUUGUUUUGUGGCUGACCUGUGAGGGGUUCCCCCCCCCAUUGCAGAAAGAUUGACUGGCAAGAAAGGGAUUGCAAGAGCUGCACAUUAAAAGCAUUGCAAUCAUGCAGGAAGAUCCAGACUAAGAGCCUCGGAUGUGCUAUGCAUCACAUGAAUUCUCACUUAGCGACCGCUUUGCUUAGCAAAGUUCCUAGCUCCACUUAGAGCUAGGACUACCUCUCUGUUUUUGUAACACACAUGCACACAACUUUCAACACAAUUCGAUGAAAAAGGCAUAAAGCCACAGUAAUAGAGAGUCAUGAAGCAACCCUAACCCUUGUUUUCCCCAGAGCUUCUAAAAGGCACUUCUUCAUGAGGCGCCAUUCAGUAGCCAGCGACUCCAGAGAAAGGAAGACAUUCUACUAGCCUUGAUUUCCUAGUAAGGAGAACUCUUAGCAUGCUUUCUCAGCCUGAACAUUAUGGCGUAUACAUCUGGAGUCAUGAAGUUAGCAUGGCUCUCAUCCAUAAAGAGCUUCAUAGGUAACUAGUAAAUAAGACCUAGAAGUCAGCCAGCACUGGUAAUAGUUACAUGUAUCAUUUAUCAGUGAGCAAAGCAAGCAAUGGCAUUCUGCUCCAGCUCCCAAGUUGUCUUGCAGAGUAAAUUCAUGUUGUGAAUUGUAACAAUGCUACUGAGAGAUAACAAGGGCACAAGUAAUUAUAGUUAGCACAUCCAGAUCUAGAGAAGAGUACAACUGGCAAAUUAAUGGAAGGAGGUUCUCCUGCCACAACUGGCACCUGUUGCUUUGGCAAGGUGAGAUGCAAGGGUGGAUUCUACUUACCUUUACUACCGGUUUGCAAUGGGGCCGCGCGUGCAUGCUCAGAGUGUUCUGAUGACAUCGGGGUCAGUGGGCAGAGCCUCCCGCCAGUUUUACUACCGGUUCUAUAGAACCGGUGCGAACCGGGGACAACCCAUCACUGGUGAGAUGGUACUGAGAUUCCAGGAGGAGACCCCCCCCCCAAAUUGUACACACACUCUUUCAGAGGAGACCUACCCUGUGUAUAGCUAAGCAUGGAGCUGUCCUGGUACCAGAUGGCCUUUGCAGAAACAGGAACUCCUCUUAGGGGGAUUCAUUCUGAGCCUCUUCUGUGCCGGUCAGUUUCUCAAAAGUCAAAAUUUCUACAACUCCUGUAAAGUCAUGAAUGGAGAUACAGACUGGAGCCUUAUUAGCAUAGUACCAGUGCCUCACCCAAACCUGGCAGAUUAUCUUUCCAAGGGAUACUAAUUUGUAAUAUCAGAGCUUUCAUGCAUGGCACACUGAGGAAAGUAAAAGACUGAAUUUUUAAAACCCAAAAUAGAAAUAGUGACCUUUUCUCUCCCAUCAGCAAUUGGAAAUAUCCAUUUAAGAGCAAAAUCUCUAACACAUUGUCUCCAAUCCCGAGUCCUUGUAAGUGGCCCAACUGGGUAUCAUAAUUUAAUAUCAUAAACUGCUAUGUGAUCCAGUAAGAAAAAGCGAGAUGCCAUAGCCUCCAAAUCUCAGAAAUGCAGCUUUCAUAUCAUUUUCAAAUCUGAACCCAGAAUAUAAGGGAUCCAGAUAAUUGUUACCCAGAAACCCGUUUAGCUGCCACCCUACCACUUUCUCUACUUACUUUCUCAAAAAAGACAAUUGGUGGCAGGAAUAUAGUAUUCUAUGAUGGUUAGCUCAAGUGAUGGCUUCCUAAAGAGAGUACAUCACCACCUAUUUCAAGAUAGGUGACACUGCAAACCUUACUAAGUUGAAAGAUUCAGUACAAAAUUUAAUCUAUUUCCUACCUUAUGCUAGAUAAAACCUGUGUAGGAACUUGUUCGAUUUACAUCCCUUAUUUACACAGAAGUAUGUGGGAGAUGCCAAAAAUAUCACGAUUUACACUGAAGUUUGUCACGUGGCCUGCAAUCUAAGUUUAAAUCAUUUUGACUAUGGUCAAACUGCACAGAGAAAAGGAACUUCAGUUUGAAGAUGAGUAAAAGCUAUAUAUAGCCAAUGUUAGCUUAAAGUGGCAAUUACAGAAUUUGAUCUGGGCUGGCUGUUUUGUUUUUACAGAUAUGGAAUAAUUAUAAGUGUGGUGUAUGUAUGGAAGCAUUCUAUGGAACCAUUAUGUUGAAACUCUCAUCUAAUAUCAAAUGUGUAACAGGCAAUUAUGCCACUAAAUACUAUCUAAUUAUAUUCAGGCUUUUUCUGAAUGAAAAA